AUGGCAGAUAAAUUUUAGCCCUUUUAAGAAGAAACUGAUCAUGGAGAUUAAAAUUUAGAUUUUAACAUCUCUAUGGAUGAUAAUUCUUAAUAAGCAAAAAAAUCCAUUGAUAGCGAUGCAAAAAUCCAAUAAUAGCAAUAGCUUCAAAAAUAAAAGCAAACUAUUACAAUCCCUGCUGAAUCUCUUCCUGAUUAUUCAAAAACUGUAAGAGUAGGUGAAACAUCUUAUCUUAGUUAAGCAUCUCAUCCUAAAAUGUGCAUAUUAUAAUUAUUAUUCAAAGCAUCUUCGAUUACAACCUUACUAUUAACUUCCUUUGUUUUUGAUUUCUUUGAUACUAAUAAAACAUUCCCAUUUGUUAUUAUUGUUCUCUCAGCUGCCUUUGACUUCUGGGUUGUCAAAAAUCUUACUGGCAGAUUCCUCGUUAAGUUGAGAUGGUGGAGUGAAAUUAAUGAAGAUGGUACUGAAUAAUGGAGAUUCGAAAGUUACGAAGAUGGAGUACCUCCUAAUGCAAUUGAUUCUGGUUUCUUUUGGUUUUCAUAAACUGGUGCUUUAGUUUUCUGGAUUCUAUGCUGCAUUAUUAAUCUGUUAGCCAUCAGUCCAUUUUAUUUCACACUUAGCAUGAUAAAUACAAUAUUAGUAGGAGGUAAUUUCACAGGUUACUAUAAAUGCAAAGGAGCUCACCAAAAGAAAAUGAAAAAUGCUGUUUCUAAAUUAGGUUUAAAGAUUAUUAGUGAUGCUUUUUGA